GUCGCUCUUGGCUGCGGGACCGAGAGGUGUCUGCUGUGUCGGUCUGUCUGUGCGAGGUGUGUGCGCCUGCGCCGACGACUGUAUGUGUUGAAGUGUUGCGGGACCACGUUGCUGUUGCUCCUUCGCUUUCAACAGAUGAAUAGUGCAAAGUAGGAAAAUAGUGCAAUGGUGCCUUGACAUUUUUUGCGUGGCUUGGUAAAACGGUCUAUACCCUUCGGUGUGCAAUAUCUUUUGCUUUGCAAACUGAACAUUGGCGAAACUUUGGAUAAUUCCUUCAGAUAUUGUGAUAGAAACGGGGAGAUUACUUUACUGUGAUGUUUACUCGUGUUCUGAAAUGUAGACAAUGAAAGUGCGCUUUGCAACCAUGGGAAUCUGUCAAAGAAUGCGUCAGUCAUGUUGAAACGUAAUGGUUGAAACGAGUGAAAUUUUGUAGUUGGAAGGUGUUUGAAAAAAACUCCAAAAAUUGUUGAUUGCUGUCGGUUGUUACAAUAAAUGAGUUUAUAGCGUUUUGAAAUUGGUAAAUGGUUAAAUUUGACCCAUGUCAAGUGCUUUAUAAAUAACGCAUAUAUCAGUUUUGGAAGUGUAAAUCAUUGUCUUCAACGACACAAGGAAACUACCACACACAUCGGAAAUAUUCACCACCAUCGAAAGAAGUUACUUUCCGAAAUUAUAACUAAAAACCCAGGUCACCAUCGCGAUGUCAUCGUCACAGGGAAUGUUUGGCCGUUAAGGUAGAACAGGCGACAGCCAUUGCUAAUCAAUUAAGUCUUCUUUGGAAGUGCAUGGACGCCAGAACGACCACCAAUCUGAUUGACGCGUUACUCUUCCAGCGCCGGGACACGCCUCCCUCCCGGUGUCUGACCACAACGCCUAUCAUGAAGGACGACGGCGUGUUGGAGGAGGGAGACGGAGACGGAGCUAUCAACCUGUCUGCGCGACCCUCCAGGCAACCCACACCUCUCGAUCCAGAACAGCUUCACGGAACUCCUUCAUCCCACCGGUCUAAAAUCAUGUAUAUGAUAAAGGGAUCGACCAGGAAGCCGAACGACGUGGGAGGCAGCAGCCCCGACUUGGGGCUAAGGUCAACCUUGGAGGGGCGAGACCUAGGACGCGACACUCCGGUGGGUGGGCGUCUGACCCCGCCACACCCGCACGGGCCGAGCACGCCUUCAGUGGCUGCUUCGGCAGCAGCGGCGGCUGCCGUAGCAGCAGCCUCCACGCCCACAUCCGCCCAGGGCCUGCACAACCUCAUCAUGGCUCCGGCGCUCCAGCAGAUGUCGCACCUUCUUCAUCAGCAGCUCAUUAACCCGGCGCAGAUCCAGUCGCUCAUGCAUCACCAGAGCGUUCUUUUGCACCAGCAGCACCAGCAGCAGCAGCUGGCUGAGUUGGGUCGGAAGCAACUGGAACAAAUCCUCCAGCAGCUACAGGAACAGUUGCAAGUCAACCUGAUCCAGCAGACGCAACUUAUGCAAGCGCCCGACAAGGUGAGAGAGAGGAAGCUUUUCGCUGCUCCAUUCAUAGUAAGUUCGUGGACGAGUAAAGCGUCGGGCCCCUUGGCACAGCUGGGUGCCCAGCAGCAGCAGUUAGUGCAGCAGUUGCAGGCUGUGCAGCGGCAAUAUCUGCUGCAAUCCGGACUACAUCCUGGCCUUCAUCAUCAUAAUGGUGAUACUCGAUCCCCUCCUGGCGGGCCGGUGGACCCCAGCGCCUGGAAGGACAGAGGGGAGAGGUCGGAAACGCCCUCCCCCCACCACCACCACAACAACAACAAUAACAACAACAACAAUAAUAACAACAACAACGAAAGGGAUCAAAAACCCAUGCUGCCUCCCUCUUCCAACGGUCGUGAGAUGAAUGGCUUAGGAGAAGAGGAGGAGCUCCCAAGUCGAAGAGGUCACCCUUUGUAUGGUCAUGGAGUUUGCAAGUGGCCGGGCUGUGAAGCCAUUUGCGAAGACAUUCAUGCCUUCCACAAACAUUUAAACACAGAACACACUUUGGAUGAUCGCUCAACAGCACAGGCACGUGUACAGAUGCAAGUAGUCAGUCAAUUAGAACGACAGCUCACCAAAGAAAGAGACAGAUUACAGGCAAUGAUGAACCACCUGCAUAUGAACAAGCAGCACCAACAGCAGCAACAACAGCAGCAGCAGCAGCAACAACAGGCAUCUCAUCAUCCACCACCUAGAGUCUCAACCCCAGAACCUCCCCCUCAGCCUAAACCUCUUGUUGAAACCCCAUCGCAAUAUCCUUCUCGUUCACAGAGUCCUGGUGGUAUCCUGCCAAAACUCCCUCUUGGUGCUGGACUGUUAGGUGGUGGGGCAUUAGGUGCAAAUCCCUUAGGUUUGCCUCAUUCACCUAUGGCACAGAUGCCACCCGUUUCCUUAUUUGGUGCAAUUGGAUCUAGACCCCCUCCAAUCCUUCAGCCACCUACACCUACAAGUUGUGGACCUCUAAGAAGACGCCUUACAGAUAAGGCUGCUCUUCUUACUCCAGGUCAAUCUCACGAAAUGAAGCAUGGACCAAGUUUUCUGUAUGAUAUUCCAUGGCCGCUAGAGGACUCCCAAGUGACUAGACGCCGCCUGGCAGACCGCGCUGCUUUAGACGUUACUGAAGAGAUCCAGAGAAAUAGAGAAUUCUAUAAGAAUACUGAAGUUCGACCGCCAUUCACCUAUGCAUCCCUCAUUAGACAGGCAAUCAUAGAGGCUCCUGACAAGCAGCUAACCCUAAAUGAAAUCUACAACUGGUUCCAGAACACCUUCGCUUACUUCAGACGAAACGCAGCCACUUGGAAGAAUGCGAUCCGCACCAACCUCUCGCUGCACAAGUGCUUUGUGCGCUAUGAGGACGACUUUGGCUCGUUCUGGAUGGUAGAUGACGCCGAGUUUGUGAAGCGACGACACCUCUCCCGCGGCCGUCCCCGGAAAUACGAACCCAACACCCCACCACCUCACCAACCCCACCACUUGGGGCUCCCGCCAACCCAAGGGCAUCCCAUGGCCUUCCAUGCGGCAUUCCCGCCCCUCUCAGGGCCGCCCCCACCCCCACAGGGUGUGCCAAGUAAGAGUCCAACAUUGACGGGUAGUCCUACACUCUACGGUGAAGCCCUUAAUGCUAGUCUCCAGGCUGCCCUAGCAGACUCCAAUUUACCACUUUUGAACAAUGCCUUCAACUUGCCAACUAGCAUGGAUAAUAAGGGUGGUUCACCACCUAUUACGUAUCAAGACACAAUGCCUCGUCAUGAAGAGGAGGAUGAACAGCCUCCUCCACCUCCAUCACACAGGGAGCGAGAAGAAGAACCAGAUGACUCUUAUGCAUCCCAGAUAGUAAAGCAGGAAGUGACUGAAGAGGACAACGCCAUGGAUACCCAGAGGGAGUGUGAAGAAGAAGUGCUUCAUCCAACUUCACCAUCAUUACAUUAUCGUCAUCACUAUCCUAGCAUGGAGGAAGACAGACCAAGGUCUCGUAGUCCAGUACCGCCAAGCCCUGUUUCACAGCCACCACCACCUCCACCUCCACCAGUCUCGCAUGCAGUUUCCCAUGUACCAACUUCAACGGGGCUUCCUCCUCCUUUACAACUUUUACAUGAAGCACAUAUGCGACAAGGACCGCCUCUAGAAGGCUAGUGAUGUGAAUUAAUGGCAAAGUAUCUGCUUACUAUGAGUAGAUGAACUGCUUGAAAAAAAUUAUAUAUAAAUAUACAUAAAUGAAAUACUUUUCCUACUGCCAUCUUCCUUGAUGAGCCAGCUGAUAGCUGGCCCAAUAACAAGACGCAUAUCCUGGUGUUGAGUGUGUUUCAACUGGUAUUCCCUUAUUUAAAAACAUAACUUUAUGUAAUGUAUAUACAAGAUAAACAGAUAAUUCAAAUGAUAAAGAAGCACCGGCACACGUACAUGAGGCAGGGGAACCUGUUGGAAAAGAAGGAAGAAUUUGUUAUUUUUGCACUAAUGAAAUUAGACUUUUUAUUAGAUUAAUUGUUUCAUAUCAGACUAGUCUUACCUACAACACUGACGUCAAUUACGAUGCAAGUGUUAUUUUCUCGGUGAUGGACAGAUUGUUUUGUACAGGUUUUGACAAGGAUGUGAUUGCUUACUAUCGUAAGAGUAGAGUUUCUGAACUUCAUAGCACAGGCAGAGACUGAAACUCGGCUUCACCUAGUGUAGAAUAACCUAAGGCAACAGAUGGACUCAAGAGCUGUCUGUAUACCAUUCCUAGAUGGGUCAGCAAAAUGUGUACUGUGCUCUUCUAGCCCCUUUUCCCCCAUCAAUAUCCAUGUAGGUAGUGAGUAUGCUGGCGUCUUUGAUCAACUCGGCCAUUUCUUUUCAUUGCAAUGUAAAUUAUGGCUGAUUAACUUGAUACUAGGCACUGAAUAUAUAUUUAUUAUAAGGACACUGCAAUGUAAGCUAUAAUUUAAGUGCCAUAUUGAGCUGCGAGCUAACAUUUUAUUGUAUACGGUAUGUUAACUGUGAAAAUUGAUCUCAAGAUUGUUCUUCCAUGACAGUGAUAAUUAACAAACAACUGAAAUGAAAUAAGCUACCAUUAUUUAUUUUUCUUAUAUUAUAAGAACUCCAUUUACUGAGUUAAAACCCAAUUUUAAAAUUUUAAAAAUUAUGCAAGAACUAGAACCAGAAAAAAUCGACGCAGUUAUAUGUACCUCAAACAAACCCACCUAUAUACCUUAUUUAUUUCUUAUUUAUACCAGUAGAUAUUAAGUGGGGUUAGGAAAGCACAGAAGGAUCCUAAAUAGCUUAGCAAGUUAGUGUAUUUUUAGAAUUAAAAUAACCAUCCCAAAACUAGUGACACUUAGAAAGGAAACCCGAUCAUUGUAGUAGCCUGGUUCAGUUCUUAAAAAGAACUUUCAGUUCUUCAAAAGAACUGCAUUUAUUUUUAAAUAAUUAAAAAUAGUGAUGUUUAUCUGGUGAGAAAAUGUUAUUACAUUUUUUUCACGAAAAAUGACUUCACACUGGUUUUGCACAAUUCUAAGAUGCUGUAAUAAAAAAAAAAAACUUAUGUCUACUGUGUUGUCAAUCAAGAGAUAAACAGUUUAUCUUUUGUCCUUUAGCAUUGGUGUGAAUUACAACAAUGUCUAAAUAUAUGCACAAAAUUCUAAAGGAAUUUGCAAUACCCUGGAUGGUCUCAACACUGUAUAAACCCCUUUUCCAAAGUACAUUCAUUGGGCUUGGUUAGUAGGAACUGCAUAGAAUGGACCACUGUCGUAGGCAGCAUUGUUAAAGAUACGAUACAUAUUCAAGCCUGUGUACUGCAUUAUCACUGUAGGUUAGCCUUGCUGUGUUAAGGAGUCAGGACUAUGGUAGGCAAGUAAAUAUUUUAUAAUUGUGAUUUUGGAAAUAAUUCAGUAUAGAAAAUAAAACCAUGACACAUACAUUUUUUGGAGAAAAGGUAAAAAAUGGAAGCCCUUUUAUGUCUGUCAGUGUGAAUUUUCAGCUGCUGUAGGUAUUAAGUACUGUACUUUAUAAAAGAAGCUUUUGAUAAACCCCUGUCGUAGUUCUGAUUCCUAAAUUGCCAUAUGUCCCUGUUGGUCGCAAGUCACAUGGUAGUAGAUGAGCUUCUUGUAGAACAUUCCCCUGGGCAAUGUCAGGCCCAGUCCCUGAGCAAUAACUGUCCAUUGUAUGACUGUAUUAUCAUGAUCCCUGCCCUCCACUCAUAUUAUUAGGUCUACUUACAUGCACUUUCAUGGGCUCUCUGUACAGUGGUGUAUUUUCUUUUUAUUUUUUACAAAGCAAACUUUGUGCUUGCAAUUGUUUUUUUUUAUAAAUCGGACUGAUAUGGAUAAAACUUCCAGAGAGCCCAGUGUGUGUGCAAGAAAGAGGCCCCAAAUACAUGACUAGUACAGCAUUAAAAUUUUAUAGUGAACGGUUCCCUAGCUGACAGUGUACUUUAAAAAGCCAAAGUAUAUAAACUUUUUCCUUUCCUUAUUUUAUAUGCAAUAGGUUGUUUACCAUGAAGCCCUAAUCAUGUGGGUGUAAAUAUGAGGUCAUGUGCAAUAGCUUUUCUAAAAAAGCAGAAUAUGAUCCAGGAAUGUUUAUCAUCCUUUUUAGGUUCUGAGUUAGCCUUACAGACCUACAUGCAUUUUGAGGGCCUCUUUGUAUAUAGAUUUCACUUGUGAAUCAUGAUUAUUAAAAUCAAGCCUUUGAAUUAUUAUUUCAGUGAGCUUAUUUUUAAAUGAAAAUGAGCAUUACUAGUGAUUUUCUCUUUGAAUUUAGUGAUCAUGUAUCACACAAAACAGCCAGAAAACUGGCUACGUACAAGUGUACAGAUUUUUAAGUUACAGAUGUUGCAACCAUCCUUUGUUCAUACUGUAAAUUUAUUAAAGGUAACAUGCAUUUGCAUUUACCAUAUCACCAAUGUUUAUCAUUCAGAUUUAGUCCAGAGAUCUAUAGAAAUAAACAUGUCAAUCUCUUUAUAUUUGUAUGGCAAAGUGCAUUGUAUGCCAGACAUGUUGAUUAUUUAUCAGAAAUUAGUGUUUUUUGAUAUUAAAAAUAUUUACACCAGGAUAUUUUGUCCUAAUUUAGUCUCUCAUUCCUCACUCAACAAUUUGGCAAAGGAUCUUUGUUGUCGUAAGCUACCUCCUUUUUACAUGCUUUAUGUAAAAGCAGGAGCAGUAGUAGUUGUGAUGAUUUGACAUGCAAUUAGAUUUUCAAACUCGGUGAUGUUUAUAGUCAUUGUUUAAGAGUAAUAAGGUUUGUCUAGAAAAUUGUUUAAUUGCAUAUGACUACUUUUUGUUAAUUUCCUCUAGUGAAGAGAUCUGAAUUAUUUAGUUAUGUAAAUGUGCAGUGUACCAUGUACAAUGCCUGAACUGCCCCAUACCUUGAUCAAGUCUUAAUUUUGGAGAAUUUAUUUGUUAAGCCAAUAAUCAUUCUUGAAUUAUUUCAAGUGUAUUUUAUAUCCAAAACUAAAACUUUUCUUUCAAGACUGUAAUUUAUACCUAACCACUACAAUAACUUAAUGACUAAACUUACAUAACAUUUAUCAUUCAGCCGCAAAGUUUUACAUUUUUUUUCACAACAAAGAAUCCUAAAUAACCUAAUCACUGUCAAGCACAUGAAAGAAAGAGUGAAAGAGCAAUGACCAAUAUGUGAUAUAGAGGCAAGUUGUCCACCAGUGUUGGUCAUAAUGGAGUAUCUGUCUGCAUGUGGUAGUUUAUUUUGGUGAUAAGUUGAAACACUGUACAUCCCUCUUCCCCACAUGUAAAGUCCCUACAGAGCAAGUAAAGUCAUUAGAGUAAUA